UUCCCCCAUUAACUAUGACUAAUGGGUCCAUGGCCCACAGGGGCGUUCAUCUAAUUUUGGGCCACCUGGCAUAAAAACAUGGGAAAAGGGGGGGGGGGGGGGGUAUAUGUCUGACAUUAAUGUUGCUUAUGAAAUGAUUGGAAACUUUUUGCGAUCAAGACCUCACGUGAGAUUAAAGCAGGGGUGAGAUUGAGGGGGGGGGGGAGGUUGUACUGCAGGAGCAUCAGGGGCAUUAAACUGGGGAGUGGACCUCCUCUACCCCCGCCUCCCCUCCUCCUCUCCCCAUCUUUGCUCUCUUACCUCCUCCGCAGUGCACUUGCAGCUGAGCAGCGCUCCGGACAGGACGGUCUCCUCCUCCUCCUCCUCCCUCUUCUUCCUCUUCUUCCUCCUCUCCUCCUCUCUGUGGUGUCAGGGUGGUGUGCACACUGUACCCGUGGUGGUGUCGGUGUUGAAGGGGGCGGGUACACGUGCACCCGACAGUCGCAUGCUCUGCCUAUAGAGUGCAGAGGUCCCGGCCAGCAGACGCGUGAUGGUGAUGAUGAUGAUGAUGGUGAUGAUGAUGAUGAUGAUGGUGAUGAUGGCGAUGGCGCGGACUCAUUGAUAAAACAAUCCAUUCAGUAUAGUUGGGUUUUAAAAUGAGCUCUCCUCCUGCUGAGCUCUCCUCCUCCCCCUCUUCCUCCUCCUCCUCCUCCUCCUCCACCUCCUCCUCAUAGCGCUGCCUUCCCCUGCACAUGAUCUGUUUUAUGCGACUCCAGCCGGCGACGCAGGAUGACUUCUCCUCUACCGCUGGUGAUUCUGUGCGCUCUGGUGGCGUUCGCGUCCGCGUCGAAGACGGAGCGGGCGGUGCUGCAGCCCUGUGACUCGGGCCAGUACACGAGCAGCGGGGAGUGCUGCGCGGAGUGUCCACCUGGAGAGGGCGUGGUGAAGAAGUGCGGCGCCACUCAGACCGUCUGCGCCCAGUGUUUGGACAGCGAGACCUUCUCGGAGAACUACAGUCACGCGGAGCAGUGCAAGCCGUGCACACAGUGCACCGGCCUGAUGCGGCUGCAGACGCCCUGCACCGACUCCAACGACGCCAUCUGCGCCUGCAACUACAACUACUUCUUCAACGGGAUCUCCGGCCGCUGCGAGCCGUGCACCGUGUGCCCGACGGGGGAGGGCGUGUACACGCACUGCGACCACGACCACGACACGGUGUGCGAGGAGUGCGUGGACGACACCUUCUCCGACCGGGAGAGCUCCCUGGAGCCCUGCCUCCCGUGCACCAUCUGCGACGAGGAAACGGAGGUGCAGCUGGGCGUGUGCGCGCCGACCUACGACUCCGUCUGCCAUAAUCCGAACCUACCCACCGAUAUAACGCCCACCUCGGACGUGCCUGCCUCUCCGCCGUCCUUCACCAAUUACUUCCCCCCGGACGGCUCCGAGAGCCCGCUGCCCGGCGCGGAGACGACCACGUCGAGCGCCGUCUCUCCCCGCUUCCUCGGCCACGGCUUCAACGAGAACCUCAUCCCCAUCUACUGCUCCAUCCUCGCCGCCGUGGUGGUGGGCCUGGUGGCUUAUAUUGUCUUUAAGAGGUGGAAUAGCUGCAAGCAGAACAAGCAGGCGGCUAAUAACCGCGCGGCCACAAACAACCAGAUGGUGACGCCCGAGGGGGAGAAGCUGCACAGCGACAGCGGCAUCUCGGUGGACAGUCAGAGUCUGCAGGAGCAGCAGCAGCAGCAGCAGCAGCAGCAGCAGCAACAGGCCCAGGCCGAAGUCCAGACUCAGCCCUCCCACUCGCACACGCAGGAACAGAUAGUGGUGAGGGUGGACGGCGGCCCGCAGCCCGACUCGCCUCCCCCCGGAGUCUGAGGAGGAGAGAGAGAGAGGAGAGCUGACGGACCGGAGCCGUGGACCCACAAGAAAGCAGCUUCUGGAGGGUCGGUGGGGGGAGGAGGGGGGGGGGAUUUCCCACGCAGAGGGAGAAAAAAAACCGCAAAACUGACUCUGAUUCAUAUCGGAAGUGGCCACAGAGCAAAGAACUUGACUUGCAUGGACCUCCGGGCGCCGGCGGGCCGCGGCCUCGACUCCUCAUCCCUGCGUACGGAGUCCAACUCUGUCUGAUCGUGCCUGGACACAACCUCGACAGCAAUAUCAGUCACUAUCUGUCACCAACUGUCCCCGCAAGAGACAUAACCAGUAGAUACGCCAGUGCAUCCCCCUAUUAACUGAAUACUCCCGGUAUCUAAUGUUGACACGUAACACGAUUAUCUCUCAACUGCCAGCUUAUCCACUUAAGCUUUUCCAUUUCCCCUCUUCCCUCUAAUUCCACAUUGACUUUGCCAUGAAACACAUGUGCCUGAAAGGUAAAUAGGCAGAACGAUGCUCCAUUAUCUCCUCGUUCUUCUCGGCCUUCCCCCCCCUCCCCCCCCUCCUCUCCUCAUAGUCCUCUGCAUCCAAACACUUCUUCGUCUUCUCUGAUUUGACCGGCGACAUGUCUCGUGACGUCUCGUCUUGUGAGAAACGUCUGCAGCAUUGUUCCGAUGCAGGUGACUCACACUCGGGUAGAAAGGUUCAUUACGGUGUCGCCUGCUCGGUAAAACAAGCCUUUUUCCGCUUGACCCUGCGCUCCCCGCUGUGACACAUCCCCCCCUCCCUUCGGGGGGGGGGGGGGGUCGUGUUGUGUUGUGAUUUCAUGUAACACAUCCAAAAUAUUUGUCCGCUUGUUUGCUGUCGAUAAUUUCAUUUCGCGGUCUCGAGUUACAGGGGGGGGGGGGGGCGCGGUGGGGGCUGACUCAGCAGCGCUGGCUGGACGUGCAACAUGAGAGGAACAUCUCCGGACACCGCGGCGAUGAGUUGACAUGUUGGGGAAGUGAUGAGCGGCGGUAAAUAAGGACUGACUGGCGCUUCAAAGAAUUUUGGGGACUGAAAAAAGUGUCCAAAAAAAGGAAUCUCCUCUUUCAUAAUUCACAUUUGCUCAGUGGAAAAAUCUAAAAAAACGCCGCUCUACUUUUGUUAUCCCCACCACCUCUUCCUCCAUAUUCUCAUUCUCACGACCUUUGCAUACAGCUAAUAUCUGAGCCCGAUGCCCGGUGUUGAGGCGCCGGUGCAUCGUCGCCGGCUGAUUGCGUCAACACAGCGCCCCAUCGGCCCCUGCUCCACUCCGCUCAGUUCACCUCUCAUCCGGAUUAACGCGGCGGGGCGACGCGGUCCCCUUUGAUGCCUCGACGCGACAUUUUCCCCCCCCCCCCGAGUCCGAGACCGCUGACAUUUCGCCGCGGUGGAAUGAAAGCACUUAGUCCAGGCUCACUUCUAAGGCCGGGUGACACCUUUCAUCACGCAGCGGUCACUUUCAUGUCGCUUCCCCCCCAUCUGUUGCUGCCCGCGGCAACUGCAGACGCGGUCGACGUACGCACAUUGUAAAUGAAGUAUUCUGUAGCUGAGCUCGGGCGUUCGGUCCAGCGGGGGGCACGCACCUUCUCAGGGUCCCUCUCGUUGUGAAAUGAUUCAAAAACUCCACAGGAGGAUUUUCUUUUAAAUGAUCCGAAAGAUGAUUCUGUUAGCGGUAUGAUGGCGUAUAGGUGUAAGAGCAGAUGUGAGGUUUAAAAAAAAAAUAGAAGAGCGGAGAAAGAUCCGGGUUGAUGUGCAAGUAAGCUACUUCCAACAUAAUUCAGAAAGUCACGGAUUUAAAAAUAUGGAAUAGUUUGAUAUUGGAGGAGAGUUUUAUUGGCUCUCUGGAUGAGAGUUAGACGAUGGUUAGCUUAGCUUAGCUUAGCUUAGCAUAGCAUAAAGACUGGGAAUGAGAGUGAAGGGCCAGUCUUGCUUCUGUUGAAAGGUGACAAAAAGUUUCACAUCAUACUGUGACUUCUUUGUUUAAAUUAAAUGAAAAUGAAGAGUGUAAAACACAACCCAUUAUGUCUUUUUUUAACACUUUAAAGGAGACAUAUUAUGCUCAUAUUCAGGUUCAUAAUUUCAAUUUGUGUUAUAACUUGAGAAGGUUCACAUGCUCCAAUGUUCAGUAAACACAUCAGUUUCCUCAGACUGUCCAUUCCUGCAGCUCCUCUCUCCAGCCUCCGUCUGAAACGCUUGGUUUUUUAGCUCCUGUCUCUUUAAGGCCUCUCCCUCCCAACUAAGCCCAGUCUGCUGUGAUUGGUCAACGGCUUCCAGCGCGUGUAGGAAGUCCUCCCGCUCUCGCUUUACUUGGCUUUGUUGCCAGACUAGCCACUAACAUCGUGCACGUUUCAGGAGCUUCAGUGUUUCCUGUCGGUGAGACGAGCUCCCUUUACCUCAGACUUUUAACUUUUGCAGAACUUUUACAUACACAACAAAACCUCUAACGCACUAGAGGAAAGGGACGAACUGGGAAAAAAAGCAUAAUAUGUCUCCUGUCUUUCAACAGGCCCAUCGGACUCUCUCCGAGAAAGAGAAUGUGUGUACUAACUGUUACUUUAGCGGAGGCGUAGGAUGUGUUUCCUUGUCAGCGGAGCUUUUGCAUUCUAGCGAUGGAUGAGAAACGUGGGUCAGAACAGUGGGAGAAAAUCAGCGGCUGCAUCCUGUCUGAUGCUGUUUGCAGGUCACCCGUUCAUCGACACCCCAGGACAAUUUCACUGGUCUUGUGCGAGGGAAUCAUCAGGCGUGGACACGUCUCGCACACACUCACACACACUCUGCUGAGAGUAUGAUUCAUCCUGAUCCGAGCUGCGGCAGUGACAUUAAAAAGCAGACGCUGCCACAGUUGAAGUGACCAGAUUGUUGAUUUUAAGACAGAAAGAAAAAGAAAAUAUAUAUAUUUAUAAAAGAACAUACUCAUUUCUUUCUGACCCCCCCCCCACCGAGGCCCAAUCAGCCCUCCAGCAGCACAUCAUCCACCCUAAAACAACUCCUUCUUUCUCCAGCAGCUAUGUGCAGUCACACACACACACACACACACACACACACACACACACACGGUGUAAGAAUGUACAACCAGAAUACAAACAGAAAAUAAUAUGCAAGCCACAUUCAAGGAUUACGUUUUUUUAAGUGUUUUUUUUGUCGUUAUGUUUCCCCUGUUUGUUUGUAUUAUGAAUACUAGUAUUACACUUUUUGGAAUCAGUAUUUUUUCUAACGGAUAUGUUAUUUUGUAGCACUUAUUUAGGUGUAAUAUGAAUGCACUCAAAGAGUGUACCACAGUUCAAGUGCCUGUGUAGAGUGUCGGGUCUUUUAAGUUGAGAAGUUUGACUAUAUUUUUGACAUUUCUUUUUUCACUUAUCUUAUGAUUUAUGGUGCAUUUUAUUUUGAUAAUUUGAGAGCUAAUGAAGGAGUCUCGUAAAUCAAGGUCAAAGCGACACACAGAUGAUCCUCGGAGACAGAAACAAACUGUAUAAACAAUAUGGAGGGACUUACAAUAAAAAAUAGGUUGCCCAUGAAUUCAUAGUGUACGUUCAAAAUGUUCAUAAAGACCGGCAACUGGAAGGGUCGUGUAGCAUUAUGAAAACAUACAUGUCACCGUGGACUUCUGCUCUAAAAGUCUCACAGUGCCGGUAGUUCGAUAGUAAUCAGCUGUACUGUGCAGAUCUUUUUGCAUGUACAGUAAGUUGUUCCAUCAUGUUCCUCCAUCUCAGAGGCGACAGGACAUGUAACGUGCGGUAACGCGACACCCACGUGGAGGUUCACUGUGAUAUUAUCACGACAAAACUCGAUGCAGGUGGACACGGACCUGCUCCCGCGAGGGAAAACCCCCGAAUGUCACCUGUACUUAACCUACUAAUGAAAAAAAAAAAAUGCAUUGUGUAAAUGUGAAUUUCUUAGACUUGAUACGAGAUACGGAAAUACACUAAAAUGUACAAAAAACAACAAUUGUGUGCAAAUGAAAUGAACAUCUAUAAUACAAAUAAACUGAGGUGUCAUUGC